GAAGGCUCAUACAAUGGGAGUUUAAGUUGCCGGACCAAAUGCAGCACUGGCCCCAGAGGGUUGCGUCGUCUUCGACAUGCAGCAAUAGGUACAAUAUCGAGCAUUAGCAUGUCCUCAUGGUCGCCACGCUUCCUUCAGGAUGUUUGUGCCGCCAUGCUCGAGGACAAGGCAUGGAUGGACAACGUUACGAACAGAAAGACCAGGCUUGUGUUGGGGAAACUAUCGCUUUGCUACAUCCUUCUUGCUAACGCUGGCUUAUUAAUUUGGGUUGACCCUCGCCAUCUAUUGUUAGGCAAGUCUGCUACACCAGAGUCAGACUACAGGCAGCUGAGGGUUACAUUGCCUGACACUCGCUUAUACGAACGGCGUGAGUUGAGGAUCACUGACAUCCGUGCUAACAACCGGGUUAUGAUUGCGCUUGGAAGCGUAUACAUGCCAGAAGAGCUCGGUUUGUUCCGAAUCACGUUCACUCCCGGGAAGGAAGCCUUGGGAGAAGGAUUAGAGCGGCUGUUGAGAUCCAUCGCAGAGGCUGAGGCGGAAAUUUAUGGGAAAUGAAGGACUAUGCCGUUUGAAGUAUAGUGAAGCGCACUGAUUGCUAUCUCGGUCCGUAAACCACACUCAUUCACCACUAACAGCCUUGUCGGCCUUUACCGUCCCACAAUUCCCCUCCGCUCCUUGGAUGGCUGCCUGUGGUGCUGUCAUCUUUACUUGGCUACCUAAGUCGCACUCUCCAGAUAUUUUUAUUAUCUC